UCGUUCAAGCCCAGAAGUUGGUUUCAACUUGCAGAAGCUGCAGGGUCCCUCUGUCCUUCUCCUUCCCCUUUCUCAAUAUCUAAUUGACACUCUCUCUCUCUCUCUCUCUCUCUCUCUCUCUGUGUGACUCCAUGAAAAUCGCUUCCACGCCGCUUCCUCUUCAAAAUCUACACCUGUUUCAGGCAAGACCUGCCGGCUUUAUGUGCCAGAUGUCUCUCCUAAACCCUUUGACAAGACCAGUGGCAACUAAUUCUAUAUCACUGUCUGAAAAACGGGAAACAUCGACUGAGUUAACUCGAUUACACCUCGCCAACCUCGAGAAACUGCUCCAGAAACCAGCUGCCCCGCCGAACCAACUGGACCCACAACCCCUUCACAAGGAUUCCAAGAAUAAUGGGCCGAUGGAAAACAAGGGAAAAGGUCGACUUGAAGGACUUAACUUGGCUAGACUCUGGCCAGCAGUGAAGGCCCCCGAGCAAAUGUCGCCCCGAAAUUUUAACCGGCUCCAGCGACUCCUAUCAAAGACAAAUGAAUACUCUCCGAGAAAUAAUCUCGGCAGCAGGUGGCGCGAAUACCAUGGCAGCAACCACUGGAAAGGCCUUUUAGACCCGCUCGACGAGAACCUCCGCCGAGAGGUGGUACGGUAUGGCGAGUUUGUUCAAGCCGCCUACCAAUCUUUUCAUUCAAAUCCUACCAUGUCAGAAGAUGGACCGCCCUCACCGCAUCAAGUGGUCUUGCCCGAUAAAUCUUAUAAACUGACUAAGAGUUUGUAUGCCACUUCCUCCAUCGGGUUGCCGAAGUGGGUGGAUGAUAUGGCACCGGAUCUCGGGUGGAUGACCCAACGGUCUAGUUGGAUCGGUUACGUCGCGGUUUGUGAUGAUAAGAGGGAGAUCCAACGGAUGGGACGUAGAGAUAUAGUCAUUGCACUCCGUGGAACCGCAACAUGUCUUGAGUGGGCGGAGAAUGUUAGGGCCCAAUUGGUUCAAAUCCAAGAAGAUAAUGAUGAUAAUAGUAUUGAUAAGACUCAAAGGCAAUCAAAAGUUGAAUGCGGAUUCUUAAGCUUAUACAAGACGAGGGGAGCUCAUGUGCCAAGCCUAGCGGAGUCUGUGGUUGAAGAGAUCCAAAGGCUCGUGGACCUAUAUAAGGACGAGACCCUAAGUAUUACGGUCACAGGUCACAGCCUAGGUGCGGCAUUGGCUUUACUUGUAGCAGAUGAAAUCAGUAGGAGGGCCCUAAACGUACCACCAGUUGCUGUCUUUUCCUUUGGUGGACCUCGUGUUGGCAAUAAAGCUUUUGCCAACCGUAUGAAUGCCCAAAAUGUGAAGGUGUUAAGAAUUGUCAAUUCCCAAGAUGUGAUCACUAAAGUCCCUGGUAUAUUUGUAGGGGAAGAGCUAGACCAAAAGCUAAGAAACACAAGGGUUGGAGCGGUGGUUGACAUGCUUGAGAAAAACAUGCCAUUAGACUACUCUCACGUUGGAACCGAAUUACGGGUUGAUACGAAAAUGUCACCGUAUUUGAAGCCCAAUGCUGACAUGGCAUGUUGUCAUGACUUAGAGGCUUACCUACACUUGGUGGAUGGGUUCUUGGCAUCUGAUGUUCCAUUUAGGGCAAAUGCUAAAAGGAGUUUAGGGAGGUUGCUACAAGAUCAGAGAUCGAAUGUCAAGAAGUUGUAUACUAGAAAGGCAAAAGCCUUGACUUUAAAUCUUGAAAGAGAUAGACUGCCCAUGUCUGGUUGUUUGCCUAGUCCAACUUGAUAUUGCUUCAUUGAAAAUGUCGCAUACAAUUCUUUGAAAAAAAAAAAACAAGAAAGAAACUUGCAAUA